GCCUGUGGUGGGCGGGAGAAGGUUGCAGACUGCGGCAAAGGCUACGUAGAGACCCGUCUUGGUUCUAUAAGCUUUUCAGAGCUUGCUGUUUAGACUUCAGCAAACUGCCUACGGACGCGAUGCUUACAGCUCAGAGGAUAUCUGAGGACCCAGGAGAUAACAAAGGUUGAAUGAACUGAAAUGCGCACUCUCUUCGGCUCCUGAGUUCGCCCCUGGUCUGCACCCACUGCGGCUGUUUGCAGGAAUCCUGGAGCAUUUACCGAGAGUGAGAGUGGCGGCCUUCCAGAAGACCCUCCUGCAGCCUGCGGGGCAGUGAAUCACAAAAGCAAUGCUGUGAAGCAGCUUUCCUUGGAACAAGAAGAUAUACAAUGUUUCUGAGUGUUUUACAUUUGCUGAAAUGAAUCUGCGGAAUAGAGAACUCAAGAAGCACAACUUCACCACAUUCAAAAAGAAAUACACAAGUUUCUCAGAUGAAAAGAACUUUCUGUUUCUUGGAUGGAAAGCCAGAAUCCAUUAAAUAAUCAGUACUGUUUUACCUUCUGAACAGAAGGCAUACCUAACUGAGGCAACCAAUUUGAGUCUGACUAGCCCUAUUUAAGGAACCCAAAUAUAGCAUAACAAUGCUUUGGGACAUCAGAUGAUGAAUGGUUACUGAGGGUAAACAGAAUUUCACUGUCCAGCCAAAGAACUCGGAGUGCACAUAGAAAGGAAACACAAAUAAAAGACCUAAAGAGGAAAAAGUAAAACAUUUUCAUGGUAUUCCCAGAAAAGUGAUCAUGGAGACCAAGAAAAAUAGGUGGCUGCGGGUUACCAUCCUCCCCGGAUGCGUGGGCUGCAGGACCGUGGAAGUGGAGGCGACUCGGACCGUGCGCGACCUCAAGGAUCGCAUCGCGGAGGACACGGGCUUCCCGGCUGCAGAGCAGAGGCUGUGGCUCGGCCACAGGGAGUUACCUGACUGGAUCAAGAUUGGAGAUCUGACUUCUAAAAAUGGUCACCUUUUUGUAAACCUUCAAUCAAAAGGCUUAAAAGGGGGAGGUCGAUUUGGUCAAACAACACCUCCACUUGUUGAUUUUCUCAAGGACAUUUUAAGAAGAUACCCAGAAGGAGGACAAAUUCUUAAGGAAUUAAUUCAGAACGCAGAAGAUGCUGGAGCCACAGAAGUUAAAUUUUUGUAUGAUGAAACUCAGUAUGGAACAGAGACUCUUUGGUCCAAAGACAUGGCACCAUAUCAGGGUGCGGCACUCUAUGUCUACAAUGAUGCUGUAUUCACUGAAGAAGACUGGCAUGGUAUCCAAGAAAUAGCCAGGAGUAGGAAGAGGGAUGAUCCUCUGAAGGUUGGGAGAUUCGGAAUUGGCUUUAAUUCUGUCUACCAUAUAACAGAUGUUCCUUGUAUUUUUAGUGGUGACCAGAUUGGGAUGUUAGAUCCUCACCAGACACUUUUUGGUCUACAUGAAUCUGGCCAAUGUUGGAAUCUCAAAGAUGACAGCAAAGAAAUAAAUGAACUUUCAGAUCAGUUUGCACCAUUUAUUGGCAUUUUUGGGAGCACCAAGGAAACAUUUACAAAUGGACAUUUUCAAGGAACAUUUUUCCGUUUUCCUCUUCGCCUACAGCCAUCACAGCUAAGUAGUAACCUUUAUAAUAAGCAAAAGGUUCUUGAGUUGUUCAAGUCUUUCCAGGCCGAUGCAGACACAGUGCUCCUCUUCCUUAAAAGCGUGCAGGAUGUCUCCUUACAUGUCCGAGAAUCUGAUGGAACAGAGAGGCUGGUGUUUAGAGUGACUUCUUGUGAGAACAAGUCUUGGAAACAUGAACGUGCAAAUUCCAUAAAGAUUCUAGGCACUGCUAUAAGCAAUUAUUGUAAGAAAAUUCCAAGCAACAGUGUGACUUGUGUGUCUUACCCUGUGACUAUUGUCUUAGAGGAUGAGAGUGCAAAAGACACACAGAAGACAUCUUGGCUGGUGUGUAAUAGCGUGGGAGGACGAGGGAUCAGUGGUGAACUUGAUGCUUUAGCCGAUGACCUGAAGUUUGUCCCAAUCAUUGGAAUAGCCAUGUCUCUAUUAAAUAGAGGUGAGGAUGAAAAAGGUGCAGCAUCUGACUUCUCAGGAAAAGCAUUUUGUUUCCUCCCAUUACCACCUGGCGAGGAAAGCAAGACAGGUCUCCCUGUUCAUGUCAGUGGGUUCUUUGGCCUGACAGACAAUCGCAGGAGCAUCAAAUGGAGAGAGCUUGACCAAUGGCGGGAUCCAGCUGCUUUGUGGAAUGAAUUUCUUAUAGUAAAUGUUGUCCCGAAAGCCUAUGCUUCUCUCAUCUUAGAUUCCAUAAAACUUCUGGAGACAGAGGGGAGUGCUGAUCUUCCUCUGUCUGUUGAUGCCAUCUACAAGCUGUGGCCUGAGAGGACCAAAAUCAAGGUGCACUGGCAGCCAGUGCUGGAGCCUCUGUUCAAUGAACUCUUCCAGAAUGCCGUCAUCCAUUCCCUCAGCAACCAGUGGGUCAAGUUGGAACAGGUAUACUUUUCGGAACUCGACGAGAGUCUGGAAUACACAAAGUCUGUGCUCAGCUACCUUCAGAACUCAGGGAAGCAGAUUGCCAAGGUGCCGGCCAACCUUGCUGCAGCUGUUGCCCUCAGCACCACCUCUGCAAGGCCCAUGAGGAAGGUGACGCCUGCCUGGGUGCGGCAGGUGCUGAGGAAGUCUGCACAGCCCGACAACACGAGUGACAGGCUCCACCUUCUUGAGUUCGUGCUUUCUGACCAGGUUUACAGUGAGCUGCUGGGGCUGGAGCUACUGCCUUUACAGAAUGGACAUUUCAUUUCUUUCUCCUCAUCUGUAUCAGAUCAAGAUGUUAUUUAUAUUACCUCAGAAGACUAUCCAAGGUCCCUUUUCCCAGGUCUUGAAGGAAGACUUAUUUUAGAUGACUUGAAACCUCACCUUCUUGCUGCUUUAAAGGAAGCUGCCCAAACCCGAGCACAACAACUUCUCUGGGGAUACUCAGGGAGACCGUGUACUCAGCUGCAGCUUCUAAAUCCAGAACGAUUUGCACGUCUUAUCAAAGAAGUAAUGAAUAUGUUCUGGCCUGGCAGAGACUUGAUUGUUCAGUGGUAUCCACUUGAUAAAAGCAAAAACCAUCCAUCUGUUUCAUGGCUUAAAAUGGUUUGGAAGACUCUCUAUAUACAUUUUUCUGAGGAUUUGACUUUAUUUGAUGAGAUGCCACUUAUCCCCAGAACUACACUAGAAGAAGGUCAGAAAUGUGUGGAGCUCAUUAGACUCCGGAUUCCAUCAUUAGUCAUUUUAGAUGAUGGAUCUGAAGCUCAGCUUCCAGAAUUUAUAGCAGACAUUGUACAAAAACUUGGAGGGAUUGUCCUUAAAAAUUUAGAUGCCUCCAUUCAACACCCACUCAUUAAAAAAUAUCUUCAUUCGCCGUUGCCAACUGCUCUUUUGCAGAUAAUGGAGAAGAUGCCAUUGCAGAAACUGUGCAACCAAAUAGCUUCUCUACUUCCAACACACAAAGAUGCAUUGAGGAAAUUCUUAGCAAGUUUAUCCGAUAGCAGUGAUAGGGAGAAAAGAAUAAUUCAGGAAUUAACGAUAUUUAAGCGCAUUAACAAUCCAGCUGAUCAGGGAGUUUCCUCUUAUACAAAACUGAAAGGUUGUAAAGUCUUGCACCAUACUGCUAAACUUCCAUCAGAUCUGAGACUCUCUAUUUCAGUAAUAGAUAGUAGUGAUGAAGCUACUAUUCGUUUGGCAAACAUGUUGAAAGUAGAGAAGUUAAAGACCACUAGUUGCUUGAAGCUUGUACUGAAAGAUAUUGAAAAUGCAUUUUAUUCACGUGAAGAAAUAACAUGUCUUAUGUUAUGGAUUCUUGAGAACCUCUCUUCUCUUAAAAAUGAGAAUCCAAAUGUGCUUGAUUGGUUAAUGCCAUUAAAGUUCAUUCAGAAUUCACAGGAACAGAUGAUAUCGGCUAGUGAUCUCUUUGAUCCUGAUGUAGAAAUUUUAAAAGAUCUUUUUUAUAAUGAAGAAGAUACUUGUUUCCCACCCUCAGAUUUCAUGUCACCAGAUAUUCUUCACUCUUUAAGACAGAUUGGUUUGAAAAACGAAGCUAGUCUGAAAGAAAAAGAUAUUGUGCAAGUGGCAAAAAGAAUUGAAGCCUUAUAUGUCAAUUCCUGUCCAAAUCAGAAUGUUCUGAAGAAAGCUAAAACACUUUUAUUGGUUUUAAAUAAGAAUCAUACACUCUUACAGUCUUCUGAAGGCAAGACGACACUAAAGAAAAUCAAAUGGGUUCUUCCUUGCAAAGAAAGGCCCCCAAAUUACCCAGGCUCUUUAGUCUGGAAAGGAGAUCUCUGUAAUCUUUGUGCACCACCAGAGAUGUGUGACGUAGCCCAUGCAAUCCUAGUGGGUUCAUCUCUCCCUCUUGUUGAAAGCAUUCAUACCAAUUUAGAAAAAACAUUAGGUAUUUUCACAAAACCUAGUAUCAAUGCUGUCCUGAAACACUUUAAAAUUGUUGUUGAUUGGUAUACUUCAAAAACAUUUAGUGAUGAAGACUACUAUCAAUUCCAGCAUAUUUUGCUUGAAAUUUAUGGAUUUAUGCAUGAUCACUUAAAUGAAGGGAAGGAUAUUUUCAGAGCCUUAAAAUUUCCAUGGGUUUGGACUGGCAAAAAAUUUUGUCCUCUUAAUCAAGCUGUGAUAAAACCUUUUCAUGAUCUUGAUCUUCAGCCUUAUUUGCAUAGUGUGCCAAAAACUAUGGCAAAAUUCCACCAACUAUUUAAGUCUUGUGGCUCAAUAGAGGAACUGACAUCAGAUCACAUUUCUAUGGUCAUUCAGAAGAUAUACCUUAAAAGUGAACAAGAGCUAAGUGAACAAGAAAGUAAACAAAAUCUUCAUCUUAUGUUGAAUAUUAUCAGAUGGCUGUAUAGUAAUCAGAUUCCAGCAAGCCCUAAUACACCAGUUCCUAUACAUCAUAGCAAAAAUUUGUCUAAACUCAUUAUGAAACCAAUUCAUGAAUGCUGUUACUGUGACAUAAAAGUUGAUGACCUUAAUGACUUACUAGAAGAUUCAGUGGAACCAAUCAUUUUGGUUCAUGAGGAUAUUCCUAUGAAAACAGCAGAAUGGCUGAAAGUUCCAUGUCUCAGUACAAGAUUAAUUAAUCCAGAAAAUAUGGGAUUUGAACAGUCAGGACAAAGAGAACCACUAACUGUAAGAAUAAAAAAUAUUCUGGAAGAAUACCCUUCAGUGUCAGAUAUUUUUAAAGAAUUACUUCAGAAUGCUGAUGAUGCAAAUGCAACAGAGUGUAGUUUCAUGAUUGAUAUGAGAAGAAAUAUGGACAUUAGAGAGAAUCUUCUAGACCCAGGAAUGGCAGCUUGUCAUGGACCUGCUUUGUGGUCAUUCAAUAAUUCUGAAUUUUCAGAUUCAGACUUUUUGAAUAUAACUAGGUUAGGAGAAUCUCUAAAAAGGGUAGAAGUUGAUAAAGUUGGAAAAUUUGGCCUUGGAUUUAAUUCUGUAUAUCAUAUCACUGACAUUCCCAUCAUUAUGAGUCGAGAAUUUAUGAUAAUGUUUGAUCCAAACAUAAAUCAUAUUAGUAAACACAUUAAAGAUAAAUCUAAUCCUGGAAUCAAAAUUAACUGGAGUAAACAACAGAAAAGACUCAGGAAAUUUCCUAAUCAGUUCAAACCAUUUAUAGAUGUAUUUGGCUGUCAGCUGCCUUUGACAGUAGAAGCACCCUAUAGUUACAAUGGAACUCUUUUUAGACUGUCUUUUCGAACACAGCAAGAAGCAAAAGUGAGUGAAGUUAGUAGUACUUGCUAUAACACGGCAGAUAUUUAUUCUCUUGUAGAUGAAUUUAGUCUGUGCGGACAUAGGCUUAUCAUUUUUACUCAAAGUGUGAACUCAAUGUAUUUGAAGUAUUUGAAAAUCGAGGAAACUAAUCCCAGUUUAGCACAAGACACAAUCAUAAUUAAAAAAAAAACUUGCACUUCCAAAGUACUGAAUGCACCUGCAGUGAGUGUUUUAAAAGAAGCUGCUAAACUCAUGAAGACUUGCAAUGGCAGUAGUAAAAAGCUUUCCACAGAUGCACCAAAGUCAUGUAGCAUUCUUCAGAUCACAGUUGAAGAAUUUCGCCAUGUGUUCAGAAGGAUUGCUGAUUUACAGUCACCACUUUUUAGAGGCCCAGAUGAUGACCCAGCUGCUCUCUUUGAAAUGGCCAAGUCUUCACAGUCAAAGAAGCCACUAGAAGAGUUGCCACAAAAAACAGUCGAUUGCACCACCUGGCUUAUAUGUACCUGCAUGGAUACUGGAGAGGCUCUAAAGUUUUCACUGAGUGAAAGUGGACGCAGACUAGGUUUGGUUCCUUGUGGUUCAGUAGGAGUUCUGUUUUCCGAAGUUCAGGACCAGAAGUGGACAAUUAAAUCACAUGUGGGAGAGGUAUUUUGCUAUUUACCUCUACGAAUAAAAACUGGAUUGCCAGUUCACAUCAAUGGGUGCUUUGCUGUUACUUCAAAUAGAAAAGAAAUCUGGAAGACAGAUACAAAAGGAAGAUGGAACACCACUUUCAUGAGACAUGUCAUUGUGAAAGCUUACUUAGAGGCACUCUGUGUUCUACGUGACUUGGCCAUCAGUGAAGAGCUAAUGGAUUAUACUUACUAUGCAGUUUGGCCUGAUCCUGACUUAGUUCAUGAUGACUUUUCUGUAAUAUGUCAUGGAUUUUAUGAAGAUAUAGCUCAUGGGAAGGGGAAAGAAUUGACCAGAGUCUUCUCUGAUGGAUCAACAUGGGUUUCCAUGAAGAAUGUGAGAUUUCUAGAUGACUCUAUACUUAAAAGAAAAGAUGUUGGUCCAGCAGCCUUUAAGAUAUUUUUGAAAUACCUCAAGAAAACUGGCUCAAAAAACCUCUGUGCUGUUGAACUUCCUUCUUCAGUGAAACUUGGAUUUGAAGAAGCAGGGUGUAAACAGAUACUGCUUGAAAAUACAUUCUCAGAGAAACAGUUUUUUUCCGAAGUAUUUUUUCCAAAUAUUCAAGAAAUUGAGGCAGAACUCCGAGAUCCUUUAAUGAAUUUUGUUUUAAAUGAAAAAGUCGAUGAAUUCUCAGCAAUUCUUCGUGUUACUCCUUGUAUCCCUUGCUCUUUGGAGGGUCAUCCUUUGGUUUUACCAUCAAGAUUAAUUCAUCCUGAGGGACGAGUUGCAAAACUAUUUGACACAAAUGAUGGACGGUUUCCAUAUGGCUCUACUCAGGACUAUCUUAAUCCUAUAAUUUUAAUUAAACUUGUUCAUUUAGGUAUGGCAAAAGAUGAUAUUUUAUGGGAUGACAUGCUAGAACGUGCGGAGUCAGUAGCUGAAAUUAAUAAAAGUGAUCAUGUUGCUGCUUGUCUAAGAAGUAGCAUACUGAUUAGUCUUAUUGAUGAAAAACUUAAAAUAAGGGAUCCUAGGGCUAAGGAUUUUGCCUCAAAAUACCAAACAAUACCAUUCCUUCCAUUUCUAACAAAACCAGCGGGUUUUUCUUUGGACUGGAAAGGUAAUAGUUUUAAGCCAGAAACCAUGUUUGCUGCAACUGACCUUUAUACUUCUGAGCAUCAGGAUACAGUGUGUCUUUUACAACCAAUUCUAAAUGAAAAUUCACAUUCUUUUAGAGGUUGUGGUUCAGUGCCAUUGGCUGUUAAAGAGUUUUUGGGAUUAUUAAGAAAGCCAACAGUUGAUCUGGUUGUAAACCAAUUGAAAGAAGUUGCAAAAUCAGUUGAUGAUGGUAUUACAUUGUACCAGGAGAAUAUCACAAAUGCGUGUUACAAAUAUCUUCAUGAAGCAAUGAUGCAAAGUGAAAUUACUAAGAUAGCUGUUACCGAAAAGUUAAAAACCUUUAGUUUCAUUCUAGUUGAGAAUGCGUAUGUUGAUUCAGAAAAAGUUUCUUUUCAUUUGAAUUUUGAAGCAGCACCCUACCUUUAUCAGUUGCCCAAUAAAUACAAAAAUAAUUUUCGUGAACUUUUUGAGAAUGUGGGUGUAAGGCAGUCAUUUACUGUUGAAGAUUUUGCCAUUGUUUUGGAAUCUAUUGAUCAAGAAAAAGGAAAACAGAAACUAACAGAAGAGAAAUUUCAGCUUUGUCGGCGAAUAAUUAGUGAAGGAAUAUGGAGCCUUAUUAGAGAGAAGAAACAAGAAUUUUGUGAAAAAAAUUAUGGUAAAAUACUAUUGCCAGAUACCAAUCUUAAACUCCUCCCUGCUAAAUCUUUAUGCUAUAAUGAUUGUCCUUGGAUAAAAGUAAAGGAUACCACUGUAAAAUAUUGUCAUGCUGAUAUACCUCGGGAAGUAGCAGUAAAACUAGGAGCAGUACCAAAGCGACAUAAAGCCUUAGAAAGAUAUGCAUCCAACGUCUGUUUUACAACACUUGGCACUGAAUUUGGACAGAAAGAAAAACUUACUAGCAGAAUUAAAAGUAUCCUUAACGCCUAUCCUUCGGAAAAGGAAAUGUUAAAAGAACUUCUUCAAAAUGCUGAUGAUGCAAAGGCCACAGAAAUCUGCUUUGUUUUUGAUCCUAGGCAGCACCCAGUGGACAGAAUAUUUGAUGAUAAGUGGGCUCCACUGCAAGGACCAGCACUUUGUGUCUACAACAACCAGCCUUUCACAGAAGAUGAUGUCAGGGGCAUUCAGAAUCUUGGAAAAGGUACCAAAGAAGGAAAUCCUUAUAAAACUGGACAGUAUGGAAUAGGAUUUAAUUCUGUAUACCACAUUACAGACUGCCCUUCUUUUAUUUCUGGCAAUGACAUCCUGUGUAUUUUUGAUCCCCAUGCCAGAUAUGCACCAGGAGCCACAUCUGUUAGUCCUGGACGCAUGUUUAGAGAUUUGGAUGCAGAUUUUAGAACACAGUUCUCAGAUGUUCUGGAUCUUUAUUUGGGAUCCCACUUUAAAUUGGAUAAUUGCACAAUGUUCAGAUUUCCUCUCCGUAAUGCAGAAAUGGCAAAAGUUUCAGAAAUUUCCUCAGUACCAUCAUCAGACAGAAUGGUUCAGAAUCUUUUGGACAAACUGAGGUCAGAUGGAGCAGAACUUUUAAUGUUUCUUAAUCACAUGGAAAAAAUUUCUAUUUGUGAAAUAGAUAAAGCUUCUGGAGCUCUAAAUGUGCUAUAUUCUGUAAAAGGUAAAAUCACUGAUGGAGAUCGGUUGAAAAGGAAACAAUUUCAUGCAUCUGUAAUUGAUAGUGUUACUAAAAAGAGGCAAUUGAAAGACAUACCAGUUCAACAGAUAACCUAUACUAUGGACACUGAAGACUCUGAAGGAAAUCUUACAACAUGGCUAAUUUGUAAUAGAUCCGGUUUUUCAAGUAUGGAAAAAGUAUCGAAGAGUGUAAUAUCAGCUCACAAAAACCAAGAUAUUACUCUCUUCCCACGUGGUGGAGUGGCUGCCUGCAUUACUCACAAUUAUAAAAAGCCACAUAGGGCCUUCUGUUUUUUACCACUCUCUUUAGAGACAGGGCUUCCUUUUCAUGUGAAUGGCCACUUUGCCCUCGAUUCAGCCAGAAGAAAUCUGUGGCGUGAUGAUAAUGGAGUUGGUGUUCGAAGUGAUUGGAAUAACAGUUUAAUGACAGCACUAAUAGCUCCUGCAUAUGUUGAAUUACUGAUUCAGUUAAAAAAGCGGUAUUUCCCUGGUUCAGACCCAGCAUUGUCAGUUUUGCAGAAUACGUCUAUUCAUGUUGUAAAAGAUACUUUAAAGAAAUUUUUAUCAUUUUUUCCUGUUAAUAGACUUGAUCUACAGCCAGAUCUCUAUUGUCUAGUAAAAGCACUUUAUAGUUGCAUUCAUGAGGAUAUGAAACGUCUGUUACCAGUUGUACGAGCCCCAAACAUUGAUGGUUCUGAUUUACAUGCUGCAGUUAUAAUUACUUGGAUUAAUAUGCCAACUUCAAAUAAAACGAAACCAUUUUUUGACAACUUGCUGCAGGAUGAAUUACAACAUCUUAAAAAUGCCGAUUAUAAUAUCACAACACGCAAAACAGUAGCAGAGAAUGUAUAUAGACUGAAACACUUACUUUUAGAAAUUGGCUUCAACUUGGUUUAUAACUGUGAUGAAACUGCUAAUUUAUACCACUGUCUUAUAGAUGCAGAUAUCCCUGUUAGUUACGUAACUCCCGCUGAUGUUAGAGCUUUUUUAAUGACAUUUUCUUCUCCUGACACUAAUUGUCAUAUUGGAAAGCUGCCUUGUCGUCUCCAGCAGACUAACCUAAAACUUUUCCAUAGUUUAAAACUUUUAGUUGAUUACUGUUUCAAAGAGACAGAAGAAAAUGAGAUUGAAGUGGAGGGACUGCCCCUUCUCAUUACAUUGGACAGUGUUUUACAGACUUUUGAUGCCAAAAAACCCAAGUUUCUAACAACAUACCAUGAAUUGAUUCCAUCCCGCAAAGACUUGUUCAUGAAUACAUUGUAUUUGAAAUAUAGUAAUAUUUUAUUGAACAGUAAAGUUGCUAAAGUCUUUGACAUUUCUAGCUUUGCUGAUUUGGUUUCUUCUGUAUUGCCUCGUGAAUAUAAGACCAAAAAUUGUACCAAGUGGAAAGAUAAUUUUGCAAAUGAGUCUUGGCUUAAGAAUGCAUGGCAUUUUAUAAGUGAAUCUGUAAGUAUGAAUGAUGAUCAAGAGGCAACAAAACCAACAUUUGACAUUGUUGUUGAUACCCUAAAAGACUGGGCCUUGCUUCCAGGAACAAAAUUCACUGUUUCAACCAAUCAGCUUGUAGUUCCUGAGGGGGAUGUUCUGCUUCCCCUAAGCCUCAUGCACAUUGCAGUUUUUCCAAAUGCUCAGAGUGAUAAGGUAUUCCAUGUUCUCAUGAAGGCUGGCUGUGUUCAGCUUGCAUUGAACAAAAUCUGUUCCAAGGACAGUGCAUUUGUUCCUUUGUUGUCAUGUCACACAGCCAACAUAGAAAGUCCCACAAGCAUCUUGAAAGCUCUUCAAUACAUGGUUCAAACCUCAACAUUUAGAACUGAAAAAUUAUUAGAAAAUGACUUUGAAGCACUAUUGAUGUAUUUCAAUUGCAAUUUGAGUCACUUGAUGUCUCAAGAUGAUAUUAAAAUUCUAAAGUCACUUCCAUGCUACAGAUCUAUCAGUGGCCGCUACAUGAGCAUUGCAAAAUUUGGAACUUGCUAUGUACUGACAAAAAGCAUUCCUUCAGUUGAAGUAGAAAAAUGGACACAAUCAUUGUCAUCUGCAUUUCUGGAGGAGAAAAUGCACUUAAAGGAACUCUAUGAGGUGCUUGGAUGUGUACCUGUAGAUGAUCUUGAAGUAUAUUUGAAACAUCUCUUACCAAAAGUUGAAAAUCUUUCUUACGAUGCAAAGUUAGAGCACUUGAUAUAUCUUAAGACAAGGUUAUCAAGUGUCGAGGAAUCAUCAGAAAUGAAGGAACAACUCUUUGAGAAACUAGAAAGUAUAUUAAUAAUUCAUGAUGCUAAUAAUCGACUAAGGCAAGCAAAACAUUUUUAUGAUAGAACUGUGAGAGUUUUUGAGGUCAUGCUUCCUGAAAAAUUGUUCAUUCCUAAGGAAUUCUUUAAAAAGUUGGAACAACUUAUAAAACCCAAAAAUCAAGUUGCUUUUAUGACAUCCUGGGUAGAAUUCUUAAGGAAUAUUGGAUUAAAACACAUACUUUCACAGCAACAGCUGUUACAGUUUGCCAAAGAAAUUAGUGUGAGAGCCAAUACUGAAAAUUGGUCUAAAGAAACACUACAAAAUACAGUCGACAUACUUCUCUACCAUAUAUUUCAAGAAAGAACGGACUUGUUAUCUGGAAAUUUUCUAAAAGAACUUUCUUUAAUACCAUUCUUAUGUCCUGAGCGGGCCCCAGCUGAAUUCAUUAGAUUUCAUCCUCAGUAUCAAGAAGUAAAUGGAACACUUCCUCUUAUAAAGUUCAGUGGAGCACAAGUAAAUCCAAAAUUCAAGCAGUGUGAUGUGCUUCAGCUGUUAUGGACAUCCUGCCCCAUUCUCCCAGAGAAAGCCACACCAUUGACUAUCAAAGAACAAGAAGGUAAUGACCUUGGUCCACAAGAACAGCUUGAACAAGUUUUAAGCAUGCUUAAUGUUAACCUGGAUCCUCCUCUUGAUAAAGUCAUCAACAAUUGCAGAAACAUAUGUAAUAUAACAACUUUAGAUGAAGAAAUGGUAAAAACUAGAGCAAAGGUCUUAAGGAGCAUAUAUGAAUUUCUCAGUGCAGACAAAAGAGAGUUUCGUUUUCAACUCCGGGGAGUUGCUUUUGUGAUGGUGGAAGAUGGUUGGAAACUUCUUAAGCCUGAAGAGGUAGUGAUAAAUUUAGAAUAUGAGUCUGAUUUCAAACCUUAUUUGUAUAAGCUACCUUUAGAAUUAGGUACAUUUCAUCAGUUGUUUAAACUUUUAGGUACUGAAGAUGUUAUUUCUACUAAGCAGUAUGUUGAAGUGCUAAGCCGCAUAUUUAAAAAUUCAGAAGGAAAACAGUUGGAUCCUAAUGAAAUGCGUACAGUCAAGAGAGUAGUUUCAGGCCUGUUUAAGAGUCUACAAAAUGAUUCAGUCAAGGUGAGGAGUGAUCUUGAGAAUAUGCGAGAUCUUGCACUCUACCUUCCAAGUCAAGAUGGUAGAUUAGUAAAAUCAAGUAUUUUAGUGUUUGAUGAUGCACCACAUUACAAAAGCAGAAUCCAGGGGAAUAUUGGUGUGCAGAUGUUGGUUGAUCUUAGCCAGUGCUACUUAGGAAAAGACCACGGAUUUCAUACUAAGUUGAUAAUGCUUUUUCCUCAGAAGCUCAGGCCACGUUUAUUGAGCAGCAUACUUGAAGAACAGUUAGAUGAAGAGACUCCCAAAGUGUGCCAAUUUGGAGCACUGUGUUCUCUUCAGGGAAGAUUGCAGUUACUCUUAUCUUCUGAACAGUUCAUCACGGGGUUGAUUCGAAUUAUGAAGCAUGAAAAUGAUAAUGCUUUUCUAGCAAAUGAAGAAAAAGCCAUAAGACUUUGCAAAGCUCUCAGAGAAGGAUUGAAAGUGUCCUGUUUUGAAAAGCUUCAAACAACGUUAAGAGUUAAAGGUUUUAAUCCUAUUCCCCACAGUAGAAGUGAAACUUUUGCUUUUUUGAAGAGGUUUGGUAAUGCAGUAAUUCUUCUGUAUAUACAGCAUUCAGACAGUAAAGAUAUUAAUUUCUUACUAGCAUUAGCAAUGACACUUAAGUCAGCAACUGACAAUUUGAUAUCUGACACUUCAUAUUUAAUUGCUAUGCUAGGAUGCAAUGAUAUUUACAGGAUUGGUGAGAAACUUGACAGUUUAGGAGUGAAGUAUGACUCUUCAGAACCAUCAAAGCUUGAGCUUCCAAUGCCUGGCACUCCCAUACCUGCUGAAAUUCAUUAUACUCUGCUUAUGGAUCCUAUGAAUGUUUUUUAUCCAGGAGAAUAUGUAGGAUACCUUGUUGAUGCUGAAGGUGGUGAUAUCUAUGGAUCAUAUCAACCAACAUAUACAUAUGCAAUUAUUGUACAAGAAGUUGAAAGAGAAGAUGCUGAUAAUUCUAGUUUUCUAGGAAAGAUAUAUCAGAUAGAUAUUGGUUAUAGUGAAUAUAAAAUAGUUAGCUCUCUUGAUCUGUACAAAUUUUCAAGACCUGAAGAAAGCUCCCAAAGCAGAGACAGUGCCCCCUCCACACCUACCAGUCCUACUGAGCUCCUAACUCCAGGUUUACGAAGCAUUCCUCCCUUCUUUGCUAGAGAGAGCCAAAAGACUUCUUCCAAACAUCAUUCCCCAAAAAAGCUUAAGGUGAAUUCUUUACCAGAGAUUUUAAAAGAAGUGACAUUAGUAGUGGAGCAAGCUUGGAAAUUGCCGGAAUCCGAAAGAAAGAAGAUUAUUAGGCGGUUGUAUUUGAAAUGGCACCCAGAUAAAAAUCCAGAGAAUCUUGAUAUUGCUAAUGAAGUUUUUAAACAUUUGCAAAAUGAGAUCAACAGAUUAGAGAAGCAGACCUUUUUAGAUCAAAAUACAGACAGAACCUCAAGGAGAACAUUUUCAAGCUCUGCAUCCCGAUUUCAGUCUGACAAGUACUCAUUUCAAAGAUUCUACACUUCAUGGAAUCAAGAAGCAACAAGCCACAAAUCUGAAAGGCAACAACAAAAUAAAGAAAAGUGUCCCCCAACAGCUGGACAAACUUACUCUCAAAGGUUCUUUGUUCCUCCUACUUUCAAGUCUGUUGGUAAUCCAGUUGAAGCACGUAGAUGGUUAAGACAAGCCAGAGCCAAUUUUUCAGCUGCCAGGAAUGAUCUUCAUAAAAAUGCCAAUGAAUGGGUAUGUUUUAAAUGCUACCUUUCUACCAAGUUAGCUUUGAUUGCAGCUGACUAUGCUGUUAGAGGUAAAUCUGAUAAAGAUGUGAAGCCAACUGCACUUGCACAAAAAAUAGAGGAGUAUAGUCAGCAACUUGAAGGGCUGACAAAUGAUGUCCAUACUUUGGAAGCAUAUGGUGUAGACAGUUUAAAGACAAGAUAUCCCGAUUUGCUUCCUUUCCCACAGAUCCCAAAUGACAGGUUCACCUCAGAGGUAGCUAUGCGAGUGAUGGAAUGUACGGCAUGCAUCAUCAUAAAACUUGAAAAUUUUAUACAACAAAAAGUAUGAAGGUAUUUAAAGAAUAUGAAAAAAGAGCUAAAUUUUGAAUGUGUUUAUUCCAGCUUCGAAUUGCUGUAUACAAUGUGAAAAGCUUCAUUGUUAGGAAUUUUGAAGCACAUUGAAGAGAAGAUUGUUUGGGAAUUGUUAUUAACAUGAAUAGUAUUGAAAUUCUUGACUGAAACUAAACACUUUUAUUGAAGAUGGUGAACUGUAAAAUUGCUGUUUGUAUUGGAAUGGCUAAUAAGGCACAUUAUUGAGCUGCACUUUAUAUAACAAAAACUUAACAGUUUGCAAGAUGAGUCCGUGUAAGUCUUGAUGUAUUUGAAGGAUCUAAUUAAAAACUGGACAUGUCAUUGAUCAAACAUGUAAGAGGAAUAAACUCUUUGGAGUAAAUUCUUUAAUUAGAUCCAUUUUGGAUGUUGUAUCAGCUGGACUUGAUUAUAAUUUUUGUUGCAAAUUUAUAUCUUAAAGACUCAAAACAUUAAAAAUAGUACAAUAUUUUAAUCCUGAUUAUUACUUGAUUAAGAAUAUGCAGAAGUACUUCUUAGGGUAUACUAAGUAUACUUUAUGCUCUGAUUUUAAUUUUUUAAAUAUGUUUACAGGAUUCCUAUUUCAUAAAAAUAGGAUAUGGAUAUAUAAAACAGUAGCAAUCUUA